AGGGCCGCUCGCCGCUACCGGAGUGCCGCCAUAUUGGUAAAGGUAUUGGGACGGAGAUAAAACGGAACUUCCUGUUCUCGCGGGAGCUAGAGGCGUGACUGCCACGUCCGAGCAAACCGGGAAAGGAGAGGAUUCCGGAGCCGCGUGAUGGCCAGAGGCCUGGGGGCCCCCCACUGGGUGGCCGUGGGACUGCUGACCUGGGCGGCCUUAGGGCUGCUAGUGGCCGGACACGGGGGUCAUGGCGACCUGCACGAGGACCUGCACGAGGACUUCCAUGGCCACAGCCACAGGCACUCACAUGAGGAUUUCCACCAUGGACACAGCCACGCCCAUGGCCACACUCACGAGAGCAUCUGGCAUGGGCACACCCACGGUCACGACCAUGGACAUUCACAUGAGGAUUUGCACCAUGGCCAUAGCCAUGGCCACUCCCAUGAGAGCCUCUACCACAGAGGACAUGGACAUGACCAUGAACACAGCCAUGGAGGCUAUGGGGAGUCUGGGGCUCCGGGCAUCAAGCAGGACCUGGACACUGUCACUCUCUGGGCCUAUGCAUUGGGGGCCACAGUGCUGAUCUCUGCAGCUCCAUUUUUCGUCCUCUUCCUUAUCCCUGUGGAGUCAAACUCCCCCCGGCACCGCUCUCUGCUCCAGAUCUUGCUCAGUUUUGCUUCAGGUGGGCUCCUGGGAGAUGCCUUCCUGCACCUCAUUCCUCAUGCCCUGGAACCUCAUUCUCACCACCCUCAGGAGCAUCCCGGACACGGACACUCCCACAGUGGCCAGGGCCCCAUUCUGUCUGUGGGACUGUGGGUCCUCAGUGGAAUUGUCGCCUUUCUUGUGGUGGAGAAGUUUGUGAGACAUGUGAAAGGAGGACAUGGACACAGUCAUGGACAUGGACAUACUCAUGGUCACACACAUGGAAGUCAUAGACAUGGAAGACAGGAGCGUCAUUCAAAAGAGAAGCAGAGCUCAGAGGAAGAAGAAAAGGAAGCAGGGGGGUUGAGGAAGAGGAAAGGAGGGAACAUGGGGCCCAAAGAUGGGCCAGUGAGACCUGAGAAUUCUGAAGAGGGAAAAACAGGUUCAGACCUGCGUGUAUCAGGGUACCUGAAUCUGGCUGCUGACCUGGCACACAACUUCACAGAUGGUCUGGCCAUUGGGGCUUCAUUUCGAGGGGGUCGGGGGCUGGGGAUCCUGACCACAAUGACUGUCCUCCUACAUGAAGUGCCCCAUGAAGUUGGGGACUUUGCCAUCUUGGUCCAGUCUGGCUGCAGCAAAAAGCAGGCGAUGCGUCUACAACUACUGACAGCAAUAGGGGCACUGGCAGGCACAGCCUGUGCCCUCCUAACUGAAGGAGGGGCAGUGGGCAGUGAAGUCGCAGGCGGUACAGGUCCUGGCUGGAUUCUGCCAUUCACUGCAGGUGGCUUCAUCUAUGUAGCAACGGUGUCUGUGUUGCCUGAGCUGUUAAGGGAGGCAUCACCAUUGCAGUCACUUCUGGAGGUGCUGGGGCUGCUGGGGGGAGUUGUCAUGAUGGUGCUGAUUGCCCACCUUGAGUGAGAGGUGGGAUAAACCACCCCCACCCCAGCCCCAAACCUCUGUCCUCCAGGGCAGGGGUCUGUGGAUGUUGGGGUCCCUGGCCAGGGACAUCUGCCAAAGGAAGGAAUUGGAUCUUAGGGAAAUGGUGACUUUGGCAUGAGGGCCAUCAAGGUUUGGCGGUCUUACAGGGACUGUGGAGGUGAGAAUGAGAGGCCAGAGGGACCAUAGAGUUGAGCAUGUGCUGACCAUGUUGUUGGGUUUGGGCGACUAAAUGGGGCCAUGAAGAAGGCAGGAAGAGACAGAUGACAGCCUACCCCAUGUUCCCUACCCUACCUGUUCUCAGUGGACCAAACUGCCAUAUACAGGCUUCUCCAGGGUUGGCCUCCCUCUCCCACCCAUUGGUGGAGGCUUCAGGGAAGACCAGAGUACUGGCCAGAGCUGGUAGUAGAAGGAAUGGAGGAUAAACAUCAAUCGUGCGUCCUGAUUUGGGAGUGAUUGGGGGGAGGGGGAGUUAGUUGCUAAUCUCAUGUCCUGAUUUUUUGUUUUGUUUCUCUUCUUUUUAUAUCACUGUUUGAAUCAACGGGUGGGGUGGUGACCGGAAAUAAAGUCCUUGGAUCGUCCGCC